GUGAUGGACACAGGGCAGGGGGCUGCAUAGUGCUGGGUGGCAGAACCGCUUUAAUGCCCUGUAUACCAAGAAAUGUCCUGCAGUCCCGUGCGGGUGACAGCACGGAGGGACAGGAUGGCGCAGGGGUUAUCUACAGCCAUCGCUGUCCCCGAGCCAGCCUUGUGGCUAUUGAUUUGGAACUUGCCCCGUUCACGCUAACCUUGGCGGUGCCAGCUCGCCCCUUAUCAGCGCUGAUAAACCCCCCCGCAACCUCCCACCCCGUCCCGCUGCCGGCCUGGAGGUGUCACCCCGCGAGGUGCCGCGGUGACAGAUCUUUCCUGCGGCUCUGCCUGUGCACCGGCUGCUCUUCGGAUGCGAUGCUCUAAAUCCAAGACGUCUGGCUCCUGGUUUUGCCCAGAGGCUGUGGCCGCACCAACUCUCUAUUAGCCCCGGGUGGGUGCCCACCCCUUGCUGAGCAUCUCAAGGGAGGAAGGAUGUGGCGCCGGCUCCAAACGCUUUUCCAAAGGAAAUUUAAAAUCACCCUCCUCUUUCUUCUGCUCUUGGCCCUCCUGGUGCACCUGGCGAUGGAUUUGGCUCUUUCCACAGCCCCCGGGCCCUGCGGCUGCGAUGCGAAAGCACCGAAAGCCUCAGGCAUCCCGUCAGGCAGCCCCGUGCUGGCCGGCCCCAAAAAGCUGAGCCUGCGAAUCCUUCAGGAUUUCAGCGGCAGCAAUGGCUCUUUGGAGAAAAGCUCCCGUCCGCAGGGAGCGGGGCCGCACACAAGGGCUGGAGAGCCAGGGAUCCGGCGACAGAGCGGAGAGGGGAAUGCGGGGAGGACCGAGGGAUCGAAGCUGGUGGCGCUCUUCGAUCAUCCUCUUUACAACAUCCCAAUCCCAGAGGUGACGGAGAAAGACAAGCUGUUUGUUGUCAACCCCAUGGAGAAGUUCAGCCUGCGCAGCAGCGGGAGUGACGAAUGGGUCAGCAGCAGUAAAGCCGAGACGGUCCUCCCGACAGGGAAGACGGCCUACGACACCUACCCCACCUGGCUCAAAUUCCACGUCGGCAUCAACCGCUAUGAGCUGUACCCCCGCCGAGACCCCCUGAUGCCCACCCUUCUCCGGGACUUGGCCACACAGAGGAUCAUCAGCUCGGGUACCACCUCCCUGCCUGCACCCCUGCCCGCACCCCUGCCCCGCUGCCUGCUGCCAGCCUCCCUCAUCCCUGUGUGCCCCAUUUCAGUCCAGAAGUCCGGCGGGACCCAGCUCAAGCUCAUCAUGACGUUCCCAAACUAUGGGCAGGCCCUCUUCAAGCCCAUGAAGCAGACCCGGGACCAGGAGACACCCAUCGACUUCUUCUACUUCUCAGACUUUGAGCGGCACAAUGCGGAGAUUGCAGCCUUCCACCUGGACAGGAUCCUGGAUUUCCGGCGAAUUCCCCCAGUUUCUGGCCGUUUGGUCAAUAUAACAAAGGAGAUUCACGACAUCACAACGGACAAGAAACUGGCCAAGACUUUCUUCAUCUCCCCAGCGGGCAACGUCUGCUUCUACGGGGAGUGCUCCUACUACUGCUCCACCGAGCACGCCCUCUGUGGCAAGCCGGACCGGCUGGAGGGCUCCAUGGCCGCCCUGCUGCCUGACAAGACCUUGGCCAAACGCCGCUCCUGGCGCAGCCCCUGGCGCCGCUCCUACCACAAGAGCAAGAAGGCUGAGUGGGAGCUGAACCCCAACUACUGCGCUCAGGUGCGAGAGACGCCGCCCUACGACAGGGGCCAUCGCCUCCUCGACCUCAUUGACAUGACGAUCCUUGAUUUCCUCAUGGGCAACAUGGACCGGCACCACUACGAGACCUUUGAGAAAUUUGGGAACGACACUUUCCUGCUCCACCUGGACAACGGCCGUGGCUUCGGCACGCACUCACGCGACGAAUUGUCCAUCCUGGCCCCCCUCCGGCAGUGCUGCAGCAUCAAGAAGUCGACCUACCUGCGGCUGCAGCUGCUGGCCACCCAGCCCUACCGCCUGAGCGACCUGCUGCGGGAAGCGCUGGCCACCGACCCCCUGGCCCCCGUCCUGGCCGAGCCCCACCUGCGGGCGCUGGACCGGCGCCUGGGGAAGGUGCUGGAGGCGGUGGGACGCUGCCUGGCCGGGGCGGCCCGCCCGGAGGAGGUGGUGGUGGAUGAUGUGGGGUCAUGGGUGUGAUGGGUGUGGGGGGGUGGGGACUCGGUACCCCGCUGGGUUGGGGUGUUUUGGACCGUCACACAGCUCUGACUCCAUGUGGCAUCGGCUUUCGGCGGCACCGGAGCCAGCGGCGCGAUGCACCGGGAAAGUGGGCUGUAAGGAUAGCCGGGAUGGGGAGGGUAUUUAAAUAAAAAUGUUGGCCUAGUGGGGAAGACACGAGCUGAGAUCCCCCCCACCGGGGCUGCUUUCCCAGCCCUGGCCUGUCCUUGCGUGCCUGCACGAGUCGCUUCAGCCCUCCAAAGCCUUUUAGGAAAGGGUAGGGAUUUUUCCUGCCUUUCCCCAGCAAGGGCUGCCAAGCUCGAGCAGUUGGAAAGCUCAUUCUUCCCCCGCCCUUCCCCAGCAUGGCAAUGCCCUGGUGACCCCCAAAAAGAGAGCUGAGGCUCCCCACCGCCGGUGUGGGGAAACUGAGGCACAAGCUCCCAGCCGCUCGCCGGUUAUCCCUGCCCAGCUCUUCCCACGCCCACCCGAAAUUCCCUACGGCUCUGGCAUCGCCACCACUGCCUCCGCACCAGGGGUGCAGCAAGGCGGGGACAAGCCCCACUCCCCCCCACCACCACAACAUCCCCCUAAAUCCCCCGGGAACUGCCGCCG